CGCACCCAUCAGCUGAUUUUUGCGUCCGGUUCGACGAGUCAUGCUUUUUCUUCCGGUCCGAUGCAGACCGCCGUUUCAGUAUCUGCGGGAUCGACGGUGAAGAUGGUAGAUGAAGCUGGUGACAGGGAUGAAUCCUCUAAUGUUGCCAUUAUCAGAGAAGUAUACGAUAGUGAAAAUGCCCACGAAACAUUCGAAUACGAGUUAGAGCGAGCGCUAGAAUCAGAAUGCAGUUUAAUCGUUAUCGAGCCGUCGAAAUUAGGUGAUGAAACCUCCAGAUGGAUAGCGGUAGGAAAUUGUCUUCACAAGACUGCCGCAUUAUCGGGUCUUGCUGCGAUCGUCACAGGAUUAGUUUGGGGCGAUCGACCGUACAUCUGUGGUCCAUUAGGUUUUACAUCAGUUAUAACCUGCGGAUUAUAUACAGUCUCUUGGCAAUUUGAUCCCUGCUGCCAGUACCAAGUAGAGACUGAUACCAGCAAAUUACCGCACGUUGAGCUAUUAGCUGUUCUAGGUCCGUCAUCUCCGACGUUUCUUGUAAGGAAAGAUGAUAAGAGGAGACGAAUUCUUCAUACAACUAUUGCAUUGGCAGCCUUCGGUAUUACUGCCUGGAGAGUAUAUCAGGCGUUCAAGUGAAAAAAAUUAUUACUGGCAUUGGUUUUGACUUAUAGGCCAGAAUGAAAUAAUAAGGUGAAUGCUGCUUAUGUGAUGACUAAACCACAUAAAUACAAGUAAAGAGAGCCAGAUUUUAUCCGAGCUUUUACAUUGGCAUAUAAUUUGAGAUCGUUAUUUUUUGUGAUCUUUAUCUUGACAAAAUUUUCAAAAAUAAUUAUUGCAAAACUGGAAAGACUAUGUAGUCUCUAUAAUGAAGAAAAAGAAAUAUUGACAUAAGUGUUCUUAGAAUGAUUAAAUUUACAAUAGUACAUAUGAAUUUAGCAUUAUGUAUUUUUAGACUGUAAAUAAAAUAGGUAGAGAGAGAAUACAAUACGUAUGAUGUCAAAGGGUAUGCCUAGAUUUUCUCACCCAACAAAACAAUCUAUGUUGAAUUAGAUAUCAGAAAGAUAUAUUGACCAUAAAAAUUCAAGUUUAGAUUUUAUUUUAUUAUUCAUAAAUAUAGAAUAAGAUAUGUACUUUUUUCAUCACAAGUGCGUGUACGAAACUUAUUUGCAUUAAUCCCGUCAAAUGAAAGUUGACAUCGCAAACAUUCCUAUAAAUGUUUAACGAUAACAAAAAUUAAAAUUCUGUACAUUACAUUAUACGAACUCUCAUCACGUGAUAUAAAAUUUAUGAUCGUACGAAUGAAACAUUCUCUCGUUUGUGUGUACAUCGACACAGGAGCUCAAAAGGUGAACAGUGUACAUAAUUCUGAACAUUGCUGUAGAAAUUACAAAUCAACCUUAGAAUGAUAACAGAUAUACUUUAUUUUAAAAUAUCGUUAUGUAAUGAAUAUAGCACAAAAUUUAAGAAACGAGAAUUGUAAGAUCAACAUCUGGAAAUCCAUAUAUUUGGAUUUCGUUUUAAAGAAUUCUGUUUUUAUAUGAAGCGCAGGAAUAUGGUGAUUUCUAUUAAACUUGUUUCUCUAAAUAUGUUAAAUUAACAAAUUACAAUACUAGAAAAGAAAGUCCAUUGCACAGA